AUGAAUGGAGUAAAGCCUCCCACAGGUUCGUCCCCUUUAAAGGCACCAGGCGCAUCAUUUUCUCAGCAGGACCGAUCGAGAGAAUCUUCAACGUGCGAUUCUGCGAAAAGCUCUACCUCGAAGACAUCUACAGUGGAUGCAGAGCUUGUCGAACAAAUGUUGCGGAAAGAGCCUACAGACUAUUACGGAAUACUGGACGUUCCCUGUUCAGCCUCCGAUGACCAGGUCAAAAAAGCGUAUAAAAAGCAGGCCCUUGCAUUUCAUCCCGAUAAGAAUGCAGCUCCAGGAGCGGACGAGGCGUUUAAAAUGGUUGGACGGGCGUUUUCGGUCAUCGGAAAUCCGGAAAAAAGAAAGGCGUAUGACACGUUUGGAGCAGAGCCAUCAUGUCAUCCGGGCCCGCAUUGCAGCGAAGCAUCUUUUGUCGAUCCAGAAGAGAUUUUCAGGGCAUUUUUCCGCGAGUUUGCAUGCGCUCAGGGCGAUGUAUUUUUCUCAACCAGCUCUUUCCAGGGCGGCGGAUUUUCGUCCUUUCCUCGAAGGCGAAACUUUAGGUUUUCCACUCCAGGAAGGCAAGUGCCCACCCAUCCGCAAGAGCCGCUCACCGCUGGACAGAUCUUUGCACAGUUAGUGCCUAUUUUCGUGCUCAUUUUCCUGUCCUUUUUGAAUAGCUUGCUGACAAGCUAUUAG